UACCGGUAUACCUUCAAAAAGGCUAAAUGUAGCUUGAUUAAUCAACAAUGUGAAUCCCGAAGACGACAGUCUGACGUCGAGGCAGGUGUUGUCGAAGUCGAAGUCGAUAAGGGUUCGGAAUGGUUCGGGAAGGCCGAACCAGAACUGGACCGUUUGGGAAGAUCUAGAACCGAGAACCGUUUUCCGGUCCGGUUCUGGCUGGCGCAAGAACCAUGGACCGAACCGCGGAGAACCGGACCAAAAGUCCGGUUCGAACCAUGGUUCUGGACCGGACCGCGGCAGCACUACGGCGGAUAACACUGUGCGGCUGUGGGAUGUAGCGACUGGACAGCCAUUGGGUGAGCCCUUGCAGGGCCAUACUCUGCCCAUUUGCUCAGUUUCGUUCUCACCGGAUGGCACUCGCAUCACAUCUGGUUCAGGGGAUGACACUGUGCGGAUGUGGGAUGCAGCAACGGGACAGCCAUUGGGUGAGCCCUUGCAGGGGCACACUCUAACCGUUUUCUCAGUCUCGUUCUCAUCGGACGGUACUCGCAUCAUGUCUGGUUCGCAGGAUACGACUGUGCGGCUGUGGGAUGCAACGACUGGACAGCCAUUGGGUGAGCCCUUGCAGGGGCACACUGGAGCCAUUUUGUCAGUCUCGUUCUCACCGGAUGGUACUCGCAUUGCAUCUGGUUCGGCGGAUAACACUAUCCGGCUGUGGGAUGCAGCAUUUGGACAGACAUGUCACGACAACACCGAGACAAAUUCAUUCUCAUUCCCUUCGCAUACAAGCUGCACAACCCCUCGCGCACGGCAGCAUCCCAUCAUGUCGCCCAUUACUUGGAACCAUGGCUUCAUUUCCUUCUCAUCUGACUUCAAGUCCGAACGCGCGCUGUGCAACCCUGCUGACCUCAUUGAGGGUAUCUCUCAUCAUCAUUCCAAUUCGACCCCUCUUUCGCUGCAGGCUGAUGGAUGGGUGAUGGGACCCAAUCGUCGGCUCCUUUUCUGGAUACCUCCCGCUUCCCAGCAUGCACUUUGUACUCCUUGGAAUUUAUGGGUGAUCCCAAGAGGUGCUGAGCUUGAUUUAAGCCGCAUGGCACAUGGAACACGCUGGUCAAGCUGCCGAAAUGCCCCCACUUCACGAUGAUGUUUUUGCGAUAGUUGAUUAAUGGAAAUAUUAGAUAGAUAUGAAUCAAGCGUCAACUUUUACUUGUCGAUCUUAAUUGCCGCUCAAUGUUGUUACUGUGAUAUGGCCAGACUAGGUUACGCUCUGUUCUGGCGCUUGGUUGUCGUUGUGUUCCGAUAUAAUAUAAUUGAUUCUAUUAACAUUGAGCAUUUUACAA